AAGAAAAAAGCACAACAACAACAGCGGUGUCAUGGCGGCUCCUGACACAGGCGGCUGGUUUCCGGCGUUAGCUGUGGGAGUUUCUCUGCUCAAAUGUCUCUUCAUUAACGCAUAUCAUUCCACAGACUUUGAGGUUCACAGGAACUGGCUUGCGAUCACACACAGUCUGCCCGUUUCCAGGUGGUACUAUGAGAACACGUCUGCAUGGACUCUGGACUACCCGCCGCUCUUCGCCUGGUUUGAGUUUGGCCUCUCUCACGUGGCUCGGCACUUUGACAGGAACAUGCUGCUGGUGGAGAACCUGAACUACGCCAGCGCGUCCACGGUGCUUUUCCAGCGGCUGUCGGUCAUCGCCACCGACGUGGUUUUCAUCUUCGCUGUCAGAGAGUGCUGCAGGUGCGUUCAGGAGCAGAAAGGCUCUCGGGACAUUCUGAGUCGUCCGUCCUUCGUCCUGGCUUCUCUGCUGCUCUACAACUUCGGCCUCCUCAUCGUCGACCACAUUCAUUUCCAGUAUAACGGUUUCCUGUUUGGUUUCCUGCUGCUGUCGGUGGCAAAACACCUCCAGUCUCAGCACCUGCAGGGGGCGCUGCUGUUCUCCAUCCUGCUCAACCUGAAGCACAUCUACCUGUACGUGGCUCCGGCCUACGGCAUCUACCUGCUGAGAAGUUACUGCUUCACCCAGGACAACAGAGACGGUUCAGUCCGCUGGACGAGUUUCAGUCCACUCCGUCUCUUGGCUCUGGGAACCAUCGUCGUCUCCGUCUGUGCUCUGUCCUUUGGCCCAUUCAUCGUCAUGGGUCAGCUCUCUCAGGUGUUGUCCCGCCUCUUUCCGUUCCAGCGUGGACUCUGCCACGCCUACUGGGCCCCCAACGUCUGGGCCCUCUACAACGUGCUGGACAAAAUCCUGGCGGUGCUCGGCGUGCGUCUGAAGCUGCUGGAGGAGGCGGAGCUUCCUCGAGCCUCCAUGACAGGCGGGCUGGUUCAGGAGUUUCAGCACUCUGUCCUCCCAUCCGUCUCUCCGUCCGUCACACUCGUCUGCUCUCUGCUGUCCAUCCUGCCGGCCCUCGUCUCCCUUUGGCUGCGUCCUCGUGGUGCUCGUGGUUUCCUGCGUUGUCUCGUGCUCUGCUCUCUGGGCUCCUUCAUGUUCGGCUGGCACGUCCACGAGAAGGCCGUCCUCCUCGCCGUCCUGCCCCUCAGUCUCCUGGCGGUCGAGAGCAGAGAGGACGCUGGAGUCUUCCUGGUUCUGUCCACCACAGGACAUUACUCUCUGUUCCCGCUGAUCUUCACACCGGCAGAGCUGCCAAUCAAAGUUGUUCUGAUGUUGAUGUUUAGCAUCUACUCAUUCACCGCUCUGAGGAAACUGCACAGUGGCCCAGUGCUCCGCCCCCUGGAGACCGUCUACCUGCUCGGUUUAUUCGCCGUGGCGUUUGCCUGCGAGGUCGUCUUCCCCCUGUCACCGUGGCAACGGGAGCUGCCCUUCCUCCCCCUGCUGGCGACCUCGGUGUACUGCUCGGUGGGCGUGUGCUACUCCUUCCUGCGCCUGUACGCCGGCCUCCUGCGGUGCGAGGACAGCGGCGAGAAGUCCAAGCUGCAGUGAGAUGCCAUUUCUGAACCUGAGAGGUCAAAGGUCAGGCCCAAAACACACUGACAGCACAUAGACACGGACGACCCCGACAACCCCGGAACAACACGACAAAUCAGUGUCACUGAGGACAAACUCACAUUUAAUGGAUGCAGUGAAAUCAACAAACAUUAUUUUUUAAUAGAAAAAUAGGACAGAACUGGUUUGUCGCGUGUACGACAGGAAAACUACGUUUUUUCCUUCAACCUUCACAGAAACUGAUCGGAAACACAAUCACAGACGCGACAGAAACGUCGACCAAAGAUUGGACAUGGUCUGCUCUGUUUUUUCCUUCCAGGUGGUUUCAAAUUAAAAAGGUAACGAGUGAAGGUCA